GGCGACGUUAUUGAGUAGCGUUUUGAAGAGGCGCUGUUUUUCGCCUACACUGGGAUCGCCCGACUGCAUCUAGGGCUAUUCGACGCGCGGUUGAGUGAAAAGCCAUUCGAGCCCCGAAGUGUAUUUUGUUCAAGCAACCACAAUCGACCUUUUUUCAGGUGGAGUCCUCAUUGGCGCCAUCAUGUUCUCCCAGAAGAAGCCAUACUCGUCGGUCACUGUGACCGUAGAGCGGCUCACCAGUGAGCAGUUCGAGGAAGAUGACCUCAGUGGCAUCCCCGAUCUUGUGGAGGUGAUCAAGUUGCAGGCCUCAGGUCCUACCGAGGCUGCCCGUGCCAUCAGAAAGAAGUUGAAGUAUGGAAAUGUUCACCGUCAGCUCAGAGCUCUCACCCUGCUGGAUGGUUUGAUACAAAACGCGGGUCCUCGAUUUCAGAAGGCAUUUGCCGAUGAACCACUCCUGGAGCGCCUGCGGGUCUGCGGUACGUCGGACCUAUCAGAUCCAGAUGUCAGGAAAAAGUGCUCUGUGCUAUUCAGGAGUUGGGCCAGUGAGUACAAGAGCACCCCUGGUCUGGAACGUAUAGCCAUGCUUUACCAGCAACUGCCUCGACGCAAACAAGUUGUCACCCAGGACAAAUCCAAAGUUCUUCGUGAGACUGAGCAAGACCCCUUCCGUGACUCUGAGGAUGAAGCAGAACGAAAGGCACAAUCGUCACCGCCGCCUCAGGUUACCCCGCCAAAGUCAUCCCCGGUGACAUUUCCCCAGCCAAACCAGACAAUACAGUCUUUCAGUCACACCAAAUCGUCAUCCAAGUCUGGAUCGUUCUUCUCCAGUUCGUCCAGCAAGAAGAAGAGCAAAGAUAGUGGCAAGAAGAAGUCAAAGCCUUUCAACCUCGAGGCAGAGAAGGACUCAAUGAAGGUUGCAAUUGCCGAGUCUUCCAUUGCCUCGACGAAUCUGAACAACACUCUCCAAAGCAUCAAUCGCGAGAAAGAACAGAUCUCGGACAAUGCCCUCGCUGUACAGCGAUUCGAGGCGUGCAAAAAGUUGAGAAGAAAGAUUCUGCGUUACAUCCACCAUGUUGAAGAUGAACAAUGGUUGGGUGGACUUCUUCACGCGAACGACGAGCUUAUCAUGGCCCUCAUGACAUUCGAACAGCUCGAUCGCUCUAUUGACGCCGAUAGUGACUCAGAUGAUGAGUUGGCGGAGCAGGCUCAUCUCUACAGAAUGGCCACGGAAAAGGGCAAGCAACCAAUGUCGCCUUCGAGCCCCGGCAGCCCAGUCCCGGAAAUUGCUCAACUUAGCAUCAAGCCUAGUCCUCCUCCCCGUCCCAUGCCACCGCCUAGGCCAUCGGCCAUGUCGAAGCCAACAGCAACUGCUCGGAUCCCUACCCAGCCGGUCUUAGACCAUGAAGACGAGGAUAAUGACGAGUACGAUGUUGACAUUGAAGACGAGAACGACCCUUUCGCCGAUAGGAAUGCUGUUGUGACACCGAGGGUGGAGAAAGGCGAGCCGAAGUGGUAGCCACAUAUCAAUUGACUUUGCCAAGCUGGCAAACGAAACAGAGCUUUUGUUUCUCUCAACUCCUUAUCCUUCCUCUUCCCAAUUGCAACUCUCAGGACAGCGUUUUCACCCCAGACUACACAAUCGCACAAUCAGAAAUUAUCUCCCGUAUUCAUGAAGAGAGUACUGUCACCUAUGAACUGGUCAUUUAGACAACCGGGCAAGUUUGAUCGCUUACUCGUUGCGGAUAUUGCUGC